AUGUUAUCUAUUAAACGUUUACCGAGAUUAUCAACCUCAAAUAUACACAGUAAUAUUAUCUUUAAUUUGAAAAAUGGAAUUCUUACAAGAGAAUACAAAAAUUACUCAAAAUUGUCGAAUUUGUGUAAAUCACUGUCUUCUAUACACAACUGUACAGCUCAAUCUAAACAUCCACAAUUAAAACAGUUUAAUGCAGAAUACAAAGCUGCUGAAGCUUUGUUAAGAAGAUCAAAUUUGCCUGGAUUCACUCAUACCUUCCAGUUAUUGGGUCGUAGUCUACACACAAGUACAACCAACUAUAACAAAGAUGAAAAUGAUAAGGACAAGAAUAAGAAAAAGGAGGAUGCAAAUAUUCCCUCAAUUAUGGUGAAGGCUCUGUUUUGGAUAAUGACAACAUUCACACUAAUUAUGAUGAGUUCUAUGCUGCUAUCUGGUGAUAAUACACAAAGUGAAUUUGUCAGGUAUGUGUCAUGGAAUGAGUUUGUAUACUCUAUGCUAUUAAAGGGUGAGGUGGAAGAAUUAAUUGUACGGCCUGAUAUUGAAGUUGUCACCAUAAUCCUUCAUGAAGGAGCUGUUGUUAAAGGACGAAAAGCUACCAGUAGAGUGUAUCAUAUGAAUGUGGGUGAUAUUCAUAGGUUUGAAGAAAAGUUACGAGAAACUGAACAAAGUUUGGGUGUUAAAGAAGGUGUCCGAGUGAUAUACGACAGAAAUGGAAGUGUAGCGGGCAAAGUUAUAACAACUUUACUCAUUACGGCUGUCAUACUAUCCUUCCUCUAUUCUACAAAGUCUAUGAAAAUGAAUAUCAAUUUAGGGGGAUUUAGUCAAUUAAGCCGUGCUAAAUUCACUUUAGUGGAUUCCAUGCAUGGCCAAGGAAAGGGUGUGAAGUUCGAAGAUGUGGCGGGUUUGAAGGAGGCGAAAGUGGAAGUCAUGGAAUUUGUGGAUUACUUGAAAAGACCAGAACAUUAUAAGAGCUUGGGAGCUAAGGUACCCAGAGGGGCGCUAUUAUUGGGUCCGCCCGGUUGUGGCAAGACUUUGUUAGCGAAGGCUGUAGCGACUGAAUCGAAUGUUCCAUUCCUCUCUAUGAAUGGUUCGGAGUUCAUAGAAAUGAUCGGGGGCCUUGGGGCAGCAAGGGUCAGAGAUUUAUUCAAAGAAGCAAGCUCGCGGGCGCCCUGCAUCAUCUACAUAGAUGAAAUGGACGCCGUAGGUCGAGCUCGAUCCUCUGGAGGAUCAUCUUUUGGAUCAGGAGGUGGAGAAGGAGAACAGACCCUCAAUCAACUGUUGGUGGAAAUGGAUGGAAUGAAGAGUCGUGAGGGCAUUGUUGUACUCGCUUCGACUAAUAGAGCUGAUGUUUUGGAUAAGGCGUUGCUUAGACCUGGCCGCUUUGACAGACACAUUCUUAUCGACCUGCCAACUCUUAUAGAAAGGGAAGAGAUCUUUGAGAGGCAUUUGAAAAAUAUCGUCCUAGAAGAUCUUCCUAAAUAUUAUGUUAAAAGGCUCGCAUAUCUAACUCCAGGUUUUAGUGGGGCCGAUAUCGCAAAUGUAUGUAAUGAAGCAGCUUUACACGCAGCAAGGCACAAACAGAAUAUUGUUCGAGCCGUGAACCUUGAAUAUGCAGUUGAAAGAGUUGUUGGUGGAACGGAGAAGCGGAGUCACGCAAUGUCCCCUGCGGAGAAACGGAUAGUUGCGUACCACGAGUCGGGACAUGCGUUAGUUGGAUGGUUAUUGGAACACACAGACGCAUUAUUAAAGGUCACUAUAGUGCCACGGACCAAUAUGGCCCUGGGUUUCGCGCAGUACACCACUUCGGAUCAGAAGCUGUAUUCUACGGAAGAGUUAUUUGAUCGUAUGUGUAUGGCACUGGGUGGACGCGCGGCGGAGGCAAUAAUUUUCAACUCAAUUACAAGUGGAGCCAAGAAUGAUCUAGAAAAAGUUACCAAAAUUGCGUAUGCGCAGGUCCGCGUCUAUGGUAUGUCACCAAAAGUUGGGCUGCUCUCGUUCCCGGAUAUAAACGAACGAGGGAAGAGUCCAUUUAGCAAAACACUAAAAAACCUGAUGGAUUUGGAAGCAAGGAAGAUUAUCGCCAAAGCCUAUUAUGACACAGAGGAUUUGCUGAGGAAAAAUCUGAAUAAAUUAGAAGCGUUGGCUGAAGAACUGUUAAAGAAAGAAACGCUUAAUUACAAAGAAGUCGAGGGAAUUUUGGGCCCGCCCCCCUUUCCCGGUAAAAAAUUAAUUGACCCAGUGGAGUUUGAGAAUAACUUACGGAAUAUGGAAAAGGCGUCGAUUCGUGAGGAGAGUAAGGAGAUCGGAGCGCCCUCUACGAAGCCGGAUACACCACUGUGA